AAGCCAUCACUAAAACACCACGCGUAUAAAUACCCGGACCAAUCAGCCAUGCCGGCAGCCGGCGUCGCGUUUCCAACAGGCCAGUCCCCUCCCACUCCCAGUCCCAUCUCGACGACAUGGCCGCAGCCGCAGGGCCAUCAAGCUCUGUGAAGGAGACGCUCCCGCCGGCCCUCGGCUCCACCUCCCAGCCACCUCCCGUCUUCGAUGGCACCACCAGGCUGUACAUCUGCUACUUCUGCCCGUUCGCUCAGCGCGCCUGGGUCACCAGGAACUUGAAGGGUUUGCAGGACAAGAUGGAGCUGGUGGCCAUCGAUCUGCAGGACAAACCGGCUUGGUACAAGGACAAGGUUUACGCACAGGGCACGGUGCCUUCCCUGGAGCACGACAGCGAGGUCAGGGGCGAGAGCUUGGACCUGAUCAGGUACAUCGACAGCAACUUUGACGGCCCCGCGCUGCUCCCAGAGGAUGCUGCGAAGAGGCAGUUUGCUGACGAACUGUUCGCGUCUGCCAACGCGUUCACCAAAGCCCUCUACUCGCCGUUGCUGUCCCACGCGGCCGUGUCAGACGAAGUUGUUGCGGCUCUGGAUAAACUCGAAGCUGACCUAUCCAAGUUCGACGACGGGCCCUUCUUCCUAGGCCAAUUCAGCUUGGUACCUCGCUGCAUUCUUCCCGGCCUGAAACGUGGUUUGAUCGCCCAAGAUAUUUUUUUUACUCUUUCUAAUAACAAUAUGCUCGACCCCCCUUUUCAGGCGGAUGUAGCGUACGUUACGAUUCUGGAAAGGGUUCAGAUAUACUAUUCCCAUCUUAGGAACUACGACAUCGCCCAAGGCAGGUCCAACCUACAGGAAUUCAUCGACGAGAUGAACAAGAUCGAAGCGUAUGCGCAGACCAAGAACGAUCCUCUGUUCUUGCUUGAUCUUGCCAAGAACCAUCUUAAGAUUGCCUGAAGAUGUGACAAAGCAGCCUUAGUCCGUUGAUCGGUGGAAGACCACUCGUCAGUGUUGAGUUGAGUGUUUGAUCAAUAAAAUACGGCAUGCUGUAAGGGUUGUUUUACGCUAUUGAUAAUACACUGUACUGUUCAGCUGUUGAACUCUAUUUCUUAGCCAUGCCAAGUGCUUUUCUUAUUUUGAA